AUGGCCGUGGUUUUAGUUGUGUUCGUCUCGUUGGGCUUCUUUUUCAUGCUCGGCUUGUUCUUUGUGGCCUCGUUUUUUAUAAUCAAGAUGAUAAAAAAGGAGUCGUCUGAUGAAAAAGACGAUGUGAUUAUACGUGCAGACGAGCAUUUGAAGGUGAAGGAGGAUGUUGUGAAUGGCCCAUUUGGGCCACAAGUGGUUUUGUCUAUGGAAAAGGAUAAGAAAUUUGAAGAGGACAUUGUGAAGAAGGAGCAAAAGAUGAAAUCUAGUGAGUUCAUGCAGGGGCAAAAUAGGGAAAUCAGAACAGGUGAUCUUGAAAGUGGGGAAUCAUCUUCCAAGUACAAGAACUGA